AUGGCACCCGAAUCCUCCAAUGCUGUGGGACCUUCCAUUUUUGACGACUCAGAUGUCGAGAAUUUAUCCUUCACAUGGGGAACAACGCCUAUGCGUGACGAAGUCAGCUAUUGGCUUGGUCAGAAAUACUUCGAGUGUGUCAUCUCGCAGCAAGUCCUCCAAGAUUGCGGUCCCUGCGACACACCCUCUGAAGUGGAUUCUCGACUUUUCUGUCACAUGCGAGAUUUCCCAUAUGACGCGUGUCUCUCGUCGCUCGCUGAGUUUCAUCCAAUGCAGCGGUCGAAUCGUUUCGAGGUGUCAGGAAGGGAUUCCCGCGCACGAGUGCUGGUCCUGGUAGGUUGGAUCAUCCGCGAAGGGUCUGCCCGUGCGAAGCGUCAGAUGUUGCAGACAGUGAGAUCCUUUUAUCAAGACCAAAAAGGCAGGUAUAGGACGAGUUCGAGAUCGGCAAGCAACAACCGUGAAGCUGAAUCUCAUACAACACCUAACGCCACAGCAAAUCCUGGUCUCUACAGCGUCGCUGUGAAUAAUCACGGCAUGAACAUUGGGGUCAAACCGUUGUACAGUAUGGAACAGAUAUCAUCGGAUCCCUGUCUCUGGAAGACGAUCUUGUCAUUCAAGGGCCGUACUUUUGAAGGUACGGCUGCAAGUUCUAAAUUGGCCCAGCACGAAGCUGCGAGACAAGCGUGCAGGCUGUUGGAGCUGCAAGUGUGA